CUAUAUAAAUAAGAGCUAUUAUUAGUAUAGUAUUUGUAUAACAUGACUUGGUGGUUUGUCAAAAUCCCAGAUGUGGGCAGUAUCCAAAUCCACACUGCAUUCCCUACAUAGUGCACUAUUUUAGCAGUUGUAGUCAUUCCUACACUCAUAAUGAAGAAUAUCCUAUAUGUGCACUAUAUAGUGAAUAGGGAGUGUGGAUUGGGACACACCCACAGUGGACUGAUGAUGAUGAUGAUGAUGAUGAUGAUGAUGAUGAUGAUGGAGAUUAUGUGCACUAUAUAGUGAAUAGGGUGAGUGUGGAUUAGGACGCGCCCACAGUGGACUGAUGAUGAUGGAGAUUAUGUGCACUAUAUAGUGAAUAGGGAGUGUGGAUUGGGACGCACCCACAGUGGACUGAUGAUGAUGAUGAUGAUGAUGAUGGUGUUUAUGUGCACUAUAUAGUGAACAGGGAGUGUGGAUUGGGACGCGCCCACAGUGGACUGAUGAUGAUGGUGUUUAUGUGCACUAUAUAGUGAAUAGGGAGUGUGGAUUGGGACACACCCACAGUGGACUGAUGAUGAUGAUGAUGGAGCUUAUGUGCACUAUAUAGUGAACAGGGUGUGUGGAUUGGGACACACCCACAGUGGACUGAUGAUGAUGGUGUUUAUGUGCACUAUAUAGUGAAUAGGGAGUGUGGAUUGGGACACACCCACAGUGGACUGAUGAUGAUGGUGUUUAUGUGGACUAUAUAGUGAAUAGGGAGUGUGGAUUGGGACACACCCACAGUGGACUGAUGAUGAUGAUGAUGGAGAUUAUGUGGACUAUAUAGUGAAUAGGGUGAGUGUGGAUUAGGACGCACCCACAGUGGACUGAUGAUGAUGAUGAUGAUGGAGAUUAUGUGCACUAUAUAGUGAAUAGGGAGUGUGGAUUGGGACGCACCCACAGUGGACUGAUGAUGAUGGAGAUUAUGUGCACUAUAUAGUGAAUAGGGUGAGUGUGGAUUGGGACGCACCCACAGUGGACUGAUGAUGAUGAUGAUGAUGGAGAUUAUGUGCACUACAUAGUGAAUAGGGUGAGUGUGGAUUAGGACGCACCCACAGUGGACUGAUGAUGAUGAUGAUGGAGAUUAUGUGCACUACAUAGUGAAUAGGGUGAGUGUGGAUUAGGACGCACCCACAGUGGACUGAUGAUGAUGAUGAUGGAGAUUAUGUGCACUACAUAGUGAAUAGGGUGAGUGUGGAUUGGGACGCACCCACAGUGGACUGAUGAUGAUGAUGAUGGAGAUUAUGUGCACUACAUAGUGAAUAGGGUGAGUGUGGAUUGGGACGCACCCACAGUGGACUGAUGAUGAUGAUGAUGAUGGAGAUUAUGUGCACUAUAUAGUGAAUAGGGAGUGUGGAUUGGGACGCACCCACAGUGGACUGAUGAUGAUGAUGAUGAUGGAGAUUAUGUGCACUAUAUAGUGAAUAGGGAGUGUGGAUUGGGACGCACCCACAGUGGACUGAUGAUGAUGAUGAUGAUGGAGAUUAUGUGCACUAUAUAGUGAAUAGGGUGAGUGUGGAUUGGGACGCGCCCACACGGUGUUUAUUGUUUAUGUUUAUAUUGUAUUAUACUGCAUGAGUAUGCGAUUUAUUUGUUUGUUUGUUUAUUUGUUUGUUUUUCCUCCUGGUGUUUGUGUGUGAACACAGUUCUCAGUAAAUGUAAUAUUUAUGAUGUCAGGCGACGCACUGUCGCGGCCGAGUGUGACGUCAUCAGCCUGUCCUGCCCGCCCUCCUCGCGCUCUGUCCGGUGCGGCAGCGAUGUCCCGGAGCUCGCGCGACCUUCAGCCGGUACUGUUACUGCUGCUCAUUUAUCGCUGCCGUUAUUCUGCUGUUUCCGAGAGGAAAACCAGCAACAUGGCCGCCCGCUUCCUGUUUCUCUUCGACUUCGACGAGACGCUGAUCGCAGAGAACAGCGAUAACUCGGUGGUCCGUGCCGCGCCAUUGCAGAAGCUCCCCGAGUCCCUGAGGGAAAGUUCCCGCCCCGGAUUCUUCUUGAACUACACGCAGCACAUCAUGACAUUCCUGAACGAGUGCGGCGUCACCGAGGACGCCAUCCGGGCCGCGAUCGAGGAAAUCCCGCCCUCUCCGGGUGGAGCUGCGCUUCUCGACUUCCUGUUGGCUCAGGACGACUUUGAGUGUGUCGUGGUCUCGGAUGCUAACUCGUACUUUAUCGAGACUUGGUUACGGCACGUCGGCGCUCACAAACUUUUCACCAAGGUUUUCACCAACCCAGCGGAAUUCGACACCAACGGACGCCUCACCUUGCGCCCCUUCCACUCCCACUCCUGCCCUAGGUGCCCGGAAAACAUGUGCAAGCAGUUCAUCCUGAGAGACUACAUGAGCAAAAGAAUGAAGGAGCGAGGGGAACCUUUCCAAAAGGUGUUCUACAUAGGCGACGGAGAAAACGACAUCUGUCCCACGUUAGCGUUGGGGCAAAACGAUACGGUUUUCCCUAGGAGAGGUUUCCCGAUGCACAACAUCAUUCAGGAUCUGCACAAGACGCAGCCGGGGGCGUAUAAACCCUCGGUCGUGCCCUGGGAGCGAGGCGAAGACGUGGUGGACUUCCUGAAGAAGGUCUUGCAGGAGAAAUAAACGGCUAGAGCAGAAGAGGACAAAGAGUGCAUGAGUUAAAAACAAAAAAAGGAGGAAGAAGGGAGAUUAAAUUACACACAGAUACCUAAUACACACACAAACCAGCACCUGAGACAUGAUUAGCCUUGCAUGAGCCUCGCUAACGCACCGCACCAGAAUAAAAAAGGUCACGGUGCGGAAAGAGGACGAGCGUCUCGAGGCUGAACGACACACAUGAGACCGAGCGUCUCGCAAUGCUGUACAAGAUCUCUCAGAGAAACGGCUUCCGGCUAAAGGCUAAUGCAAGGCUAACCUUUGUUAAUGUCUUCCUGAACUCUAUCUCACACACACACACACACACACACAGGCUAGUAUCGCUAAUAAACACAUGAAUGCUAGGUGCACACAGUUGCUAACAUACACACACACACAGAGGCUAGUCCCUCUGUAGCUAAACUCACACACACACACACACAGGCUAGUAUCGCUAAUAAACACAUGAAUGCUAGGUGCACACAGUUGCUAACAUACACACACACAGAGGCUAGUCCCUCUGUAGCUAAACUCACACAUACUGCUCAUACACACUCAUACUGCUAAUACACACAUGAAUGCUAAUCUAUUUGACACAGAAGCAUACACUAAUAUUCAUACGGAGGCUAGAUCCACACACACACACACACACACACACACACACACACACACAGAGGCUAGUAUUACUAAUACACACAUGAAUGCUAAUACACACACACUCACAUACACAGAGGCUAGUCCCUCUGUAGGCAAUCACAAGCUAAUUUCACACACACACACACACACACACACACACAUUAGUCUCAGUGUUUAGGCUAGUCUACUAUCUUGUGUAUGCUAGUUAUCAGCAUGUGUUGUGCUGCGUUCCAGUGCACUGAGAACUUUGAAAAAACUAGAGACGCUGAAAAUUGCGGCGGAAUAAACGCGUGACGUAAACACUCAUCGCAGACAAAAUGGCGGCGCACAGAGGAAACACCGAGCAUUACCGCACUGCAUAGAUUUCGCUUUUAUACACCGUGUUACAGACGUGUUACAGACGUGUUCUCUGUAUGUUUUCGGUUUGUAGUCAUUGCAUUCGCUCAUUUUUGCUGAAUAAUGUUAGAUAGAAUACUUUUUUCCCAAUGCGCUAGCCUACUAGCUAGGUUGCUAGCUUCAUUAGAAACCAUUAAAUCGGUUCAAUUCAGUUUUAUCUGUACCGUAUUUUUAGCAAUAGAUAUCGUCACCAAGCAGCUUUAGAGAAAAUCAAACGCUACAUUCAUGCUAGCAAGCAACGAAACGACAGAUGGGCAUUAAUUUUCUACUCAGCUGCGAUUUCAGCCACAGCGACAACAUGAAGAGCGACGUUUCUUAGGUAACUACAGCAUGUGUGGUGCGAUGUUUCUUCAGUUCCCCGCUCACAACUUUAGUUCCUACCUGCAGUUAUAGUUCUCGUUUACGCAGAAAAACGGAAGAUAAGCGUGAUUUCAUCUUCUCCCGUCGUAUACGAUCUCUCAUUCUCGAUAAACAGGUACGGAGACGUUAGGAAGAAAAAUAAAGUUCAGAAGGAAGUAGCAGAUCGUCGGUGUCUCUGGUGAGUGUACGUAGCUAGUAUAGCUAGUAUAGUACUCGCUUUGCUAAUCUAAUCUGAGAACGAUGCUAGUACGAAGCCGAGCGCGUAACACGUAAAUCACGCAACCUUUCUAACAAUUUUCUCACUGAUUAGUGCGUUAUUUAAUUUGUGUUUAAUUAGUUAGCUUUAGAAGCAAGAUACAGUAUACUAUAUGAUAGUUUCUCAUCAGAAUUUAAAAAAAAAAUAAAAUAAAAUAAAAAAAAACUGAGUAGGCCACGCCCACAAGCACAAACUAACUACAGGUGACUUAACACUUGCUAGCGUGACCGUAUGACUGUAGGUUUAGAUCCAGAAACAGUUUUUUACGGCUUGCUAAUGGGUUCUAGUCGGUUUCUGGCGGUGUGUAAUGGCAGUUUAAUGGAGUGUCCUGCUCCUAAUGGUCCCUGAUGGUUUAUCUAAUGAAAGAAGGUCCUCCUGGAGUGAAGUGGUAUUUAAUAGUAAUCAAUAAACUUCCUAAUGGAAACCUAAAGGAAUCUGAUGGAACCAUCAGGGACCAUUAGGAACCUUUAAGGUCCAUUAAGUGAAACCAUUUUUCAGGAAUAAAACACUCUGUGUCGUGCGGUUAUAGGAAAAUAAUCAGUGUCUUGUUUCCGCAUCUAGUUGUUUUUUUUUUUUCCCCCACACUUUUUUGUCAUUUUUUUAAUCUCAUUUGUCUUUUUUCUUUCAUCCUCACAUCAUAUUUUGUCUCCUUUUCUCCUCGUGUUGAUUCACUUUGUUAUUUUGUUUCCUCUUUUUUUCCUUAUUUUCUUGUCUUAUUUCAUUUUCCUCAUAUUUUCCGGCUUAUUCUCGUUCCUGUACCGCUUUUUUUUUUCCUCAUAUCAUUUUAUCUCGUCUUAUGUUUCCUGUCAUUUAGUCACUUAUUUAUUUAUUUGCUUUUAAAAUAUUAAUUUCUUGGCGUCUUUUUUUUGUUCUCUCCUCUCGUUUUUCAUCGUCUCGUCUCACAUUGCUUUGCAUAUGUGUUUUUUUUGUCUCGUUUUUUUUCCCCACAUCUUAUCUUGUUUUUGUUUUAUCUUAUCUUGUUUUACUCAUUUUAUUUUCCUUAUCUUGUUUUUUUCCUCGUAUUAUUUUAUCUGAUCUUGUGUUUCUCGUCAUUUAUUUACUUUUUGAUAUUUUUUCCCACUCUUGAUUUCUUCAUCUCUCCGUUUUUUUUUUUUUUUUUUUUUUUGUUUCCUCUCAUUUUUCAUCGACUCAGCUCAGGUUUCCUCAUCCUGUGUUGUUUUGUCUCGCUUCUUCUCGUUCAGUCUCAUUGUUCCUCAUCUUAUCUUGCUUUUUUUCUUAUCUUAUCUUGUUUUUACCUGCACCGGCUUAUCUCUUCGCACGUAGUUUCGGUUUUCCUUGCCUCGUCUCGUCUUUCCACCCGAACUCCUGAUGCUGACUUUGUAAGCAGAAUAAACUACAGGUGCUCUGAAGAUAUUUUGAUGAAAACCUCAUGAAAGCUCUUGUAUCAGUAAAGUCCUCGUGAUCCGUUGUGAAACCAAAGUAAUUAUUUAAUAGGAAUCUUUAUUAUUUUAAUAAGAAUUCAGUCUAACGUGGAUUAUAAAGCCAUUAUGUCAAAGCAUGAAAGAACAAUUGUGUGUAUGAACAAUAUUUAUAGUAUAUGUACGGUAUAUUGUGUAUUGAAUAUUGUAUUGAUCUUCAGGUGAAGAUUUCCUCAUUAAGCGUGAAAUUGAGGGAGGUGGGGGACCGAGAAGGUGUUUAGCGCCAGCUAGUGGUGCUGCAUACAUGUGUGUGUGUGUGUGUGUGUGUGUGUGUGUGUGCUGGGAAUGUGGUGGAACUCAGACACUGAUUGGGAAGGAGGUUGAAGUUUCAUUUAGAUCUCAUGCCAUAUAUAUAUAUAAAAAAAAAGAUUACAGAAUUGCUCUAGAAUAUAACGCAGUUGCCGUGAGUUUGGUUUGAUUCGUACUGUCCAUCAGAUACAAGCAAAAAAUAAAUAAAUAAAUCACUGACGGUGCUGGGAAUUUAUGGAAAAUUAUAGCUCUUUCUUUCCUUUUCUUUUCAUUACAGAAUCAUGUGCACAAUAACACUCCCUUAUUCUAAGGGAACACAGUCAUUUAGCGUCAUAAACACCAUCAUCAGUCCACUGUGAAUAUCUCUUAACAUGUUAUUAUAUACGCUAAUAUAGGUUUUUAUUUAUUAUAUGCAUGAGAUCUUAGCAAUGAAAGGGAUAAAAGCCAUUAGACAAAAAAGGAAUUUAUUAUUAUUAUUAUUAUUAUUAUUAUUGUUAAAUGGAGGGUUUUGCUGUAUUUACUGAUUGUAUUUAAAAUGAGGGAAAAAAUGGUAUAAGAAUUGUUCUUUAUUUUACUGAUUUAUGCAAAUAAGAAUUAAACAUCAAAAGUCAAGAA